AUGACUUGCGGAACUCUCCCUUUUCGUUACCUAGGAGUUCCUCCCAAUUCUAAGAAGUUAUCCCUCUCCAACUGCAAUACCCUGCUUCAGCAGAUCAAGGCCAAGUUCUCCUCUUGUACCUUCUUGUUGAAAGGCGAUGUGGAUAGCAGGAACAACGCAAGAGUGGCUUGGGACACGAAUGGACAAACUGGCAGGUUCUGGACGGACAAUUGGAGUCCAUAUGGGUGCCUUGAAACUUAUCUUGAUGCUGCAAACUCUCGACUAGGCAUCCCGAUCAAUGCGACUAUCUCUUCCCUCUAUAGGAAUGGAUCAUGGUGGCUUCCUCCAGCACGAUCGGACCAACAGCUCAACAUCCUCUCCUACCUUACAACAAUCGAACUAAACUCAGAGGAUGACUACUACCAGUGGGAGAUCAAUGGUAAAACAAGCCUCCAAUUAAAAACGGGUGAGGUUUACACUUACCUCUGUGGCACUAUUGAUAAGGUUCGUUGGGCUCCAAUCACUUGGCCACCUAGGGGGAUUCCGAGGCAUGGUUUUCACUGCUGGCUUGUAACAAGAGACAGGCUUCCGACAAGGGAUUGGUUACUCCACUGGGGACUGCAAGUACUACCACACUGCCUUCUCUGCAACCUCCCAACUGAAUCGAGGAAUCACUUAUACUGGGAAUGCAACUUCACCUUCGAUUUUCGGACUCAGGUAGCUGCAAGAUGUAACCACCUUCAGCCGCUGCGCAAUUGGGAUUUUGCACUUCAACAGUUACUCUCUCUCCCUCCACCAAGAUCAUCUAGACUCCUCACUCUCUUUGCUUGGCAAGCGACGCUCUACUUGAUCUGGACUGAAAGGAAUUCAAGGUUGGAUGCAAUGACUUUUUGCUCUGUGGACACUUUAUUCCGCAUCGUUGACCGCCAAAUUCGAAACAAAAUCCAAUCUUUCAGACAGGACAAUCCAACUCUCACUUCGUAG